CACAACACGCCUCACCUUGAUCGAAGCAGCACGGCAGCAUACACAAAGAUCGCAGCGCAAGCAGAAAAAGUUCAGAAUCCUACUGCACAAUGGGCAUCUGCGUGUCUUGCGACGCUGCGGACGAGGGUGUUGCGACGGCGAGGGUGCUGCUCCCCAGCGGCGAGCUCCGGGAGUACUCGCCGCCGGCCACGGCCGCUCUGGCACUGGAGGAGGCGACCGGCGAGGGGCCGUGGUUCCUCUGCGACGCCGACGUGAUGGGUUUCGAGGGCUCCGUCGUGGCGGUUGGCGCCGGCGAGGAGCUGCGGCCGGGGCAGAUCUACUUCGUGCUCCGCGCCGAGAUGCAGCGCCGCCGCCUCACCGGCGAGGAGGUGGCUGCGCUCGCCGUCAAGGCCAGCGCGGCCCUCGUCAAGGCGGCUGCCUCCGCCGCGCCAUCCUCCCCCUGCCGCCGCCGUCGUCGCGGCGCGGUGGCGCCACUAGUCUUCCCGCUCCCCGAGGAGGAGUACGCGGCGGCGGACGUGGUGUUGCCUGUCGCGGCGAAGCCGGCAGUGGUGCAGAAGCGGAGGGUCGCGUACCGCGGCGGGAAGGCGACGAGGUUCUCCCCCGACCUGACCGCCAUCCCGGAGAGCGAGUAGAGCGCACCGCCACGCCGCCAAUCUCGAGACAUCGUUGCGCUGUCUCUCUGGCCACGGGUCCCUCACCGGAGUCCGACCGGACGAUGUGGACGCGCCGGCGAUGGAGCGGUGAAGUGUUUGAGCUGGAAUAGAUUUUGAGUCGUGGUGUGCGUACGUAGCAAAUGUGGUCGCGUUUUUGGCGGCAAAAGCAUGGGAGUACGUAGGUAGAUUAGAUUAGAUGCAAGUGUAAAUAUAUGGGGAAUCCUUGUGCAGUGUGUUCAGUCACAGUUUGGAACUCAGCUGCUAUAUUGGUGCUUGUGUUCAGCUCUGUCGUGUGCAGCUUCCAAUAAAUCGAACGCUUAUGAAUGGCAUAAACAUGCAGCAUGACACCACGAGCAGCUUCUUGCCAGUAUUUUCUUCAGGUGCUCCCUACAAGAUAAGUGGCUAAUAUAUACUAAAUCGAUUGUUGUGCCAUACAUUAAAAAUACUCAAGUUUUUUACAGGGAAAAAAACUCAAGCUAAAACACCGACCAAGAUGCAAUCGAAUAAUCGAUAAGAUGGCCUAAAUAUGAUUUGAUGACAUUUAUUAGAGGCAACGUUUCACAUUCUUGAAUCU